GUCAAACUUCGAACAAUGGUCCGUCUAAAACUUUGUGUAGCAAUUGUGUUGCUGUCUUUGGUAGAGCCGAUGAUCACUUUUAGCGUAACUGAUGGCGUCUGUCCGACCAAUAUCACUUCUAUUGGCAAAUUCGAUAUGGAACGAUAUUUGGGCAAAUGGUAUAUAUAUUCAAUGUUUUCGCCAUUUACGAAGCCAAUGCCACAUUGCAAAUCAAAUCAGUUUACAAAAGAUAAAAGUGGUCGCUAUUUUGUUACAUCUAAGGAACUCGAGUUUGACACGAAAACUGUAACGAAACACACAAUGAAGAUAAAGAGUGUAAAUUCAAACCUCGGACAAUACAUCUUUAAUCACAAACCGAGGACAUUUCCCAGGGGCGUUGAAAUCUAUAUUUUGAAUACGGAUUAUACAAAUUAUACUAUUGAAUAUACGUGCAUCAAUUCGGAUGGUGUUUUCAACAUGCAAUGGGCUGUUAUCGGCACUCAGAAGCGAGUGCCCACGGAAUCCACAGUAUAUAUUGCAAGAAAGUUGGCAAAACAAUCUGGUUUAGCAAUGAAUCGAUUGAUACCGGUUCAACAGGAUUCUUGUCCCACAGAUACUUGAGAAACCGCAGAAUUUCGUAUGAUUUCAAAUAAAUGUUUUUGUUCU